GUUUUGGCCUGCGCCAGCGGAUCAUCUUCUCGCCCGAGUGAUGACACAGCAGCAGAAUCUUCGUCUUCGUCGUCCUCGUUUCCUUCGGCCUCUCCGUGUCCACUGACAUGAAAUUCUAGAGGGGAAGGUGAUGUGAAAUUAUUGGAGUUGUGAACUCUGACGAGACGAGAGGAGAAUUGGAACCGCGCGGAGCAGGAGGAUGGCCCCGAAGAAGGGCGCCACUCGGAAGUUUGCGGAAGAUGCACCGUGGAGAGCCGCAUCAGGAGAGAAGACAGUUCCCAAAAUUUCUCAGGGUGUCGUGUGUAAUGUGCGCGAGGGUCCCAAUUUUAACUAUGCUAUGAGCGUUCUCAAGCAUCCCGACCCCAUAGGUUAUGGACUAGCCUCUGAAGCUUUUGUGGAGCCAGCAGGCCCCGACUGUAUCAUUCCUGGUCUUACUAGACCUGUGAGAGUGCUUGGUGUCCAGGUUUGGCCCGUUCCUUUGCCGCAAAAUUUCAGCACGAAGGCUCUUGAACCCAUUGGGCGUGAAUUGAAGACUUUUAGCAAGCUACUGGACAAGGCGUUCGAGCUCAUGCAGGCACCCUUUGGCGAGCGAUAAGGGGCCAGUUCUCGGUGGGUGCUGCAAUGACGAAUUCUUACACAAAGAGUAGAGCUGGGAUGGUAUCAACAGACCAGCGCACUCGAGAGAAAAUCAUGUAGUUAUGGAAGUCAGGGUUGUACCAACUUUAGUUAAAACAGUCACGUGGUGCCAUGAAUAUCCUGUAAAGAUUAGAAUCUCAAGCGGCAAUAGCGAGUGAAUUAGAGUUCAUUUUACUAAACGUAAGCGCCGCAGAGCAGUUACCUCAAAGCAUCACAAUAGGAAGUUUUGCUGUUGUCUAUUGAUGUGGAGUAAGAUAAGGCUGGCGAUACUGAAGGUGCCAUUAUUGCCAGAGUUUCGAGGAAUCAAAAAGGGUUCGAAGAAUCAUUUCUUUUGC